AUGCCCCCCCGCGCCCUCACCGGCUCGUUCGCCGUGGCCGACGCCGCCAACGAGGUGGUGUGCCCCCUGACCAACAACGAUGGCUCCAACUGCCGCAAGCGCUGCCUGGGAGAGAAGCGCUACCGCUCCAUGCAGGAGCACAUCCGCCGCGCCCACCCCAGCCACUACAUCCCCAAGCUGCCCGCCACCGAGGAGAGCUUCCAGUUGAUGGUGUCCACGCCGCCCGACCAGCGCCCGCGCGCGCCGCCGCCACCGCCGCAGCAGCAACAGCAGCAGCAGCAGCAGCAGCACCCGCCGCAGCUUCAAUCGCAGCACCCGCAGCCGCCGCGCCACCGCCCACCGCCCCUCCCGCAGCAGGACUUCCUCCCCGCCGCCGUGGCCCUCGCCCAGCUGCAGCAGCACCAUCACCACCGCGCCCAGCCCGACUGGGACUCUGAGCCGGACUCCGACGCCGACCGCCUGCGCUCGUCCGUCGAGCUGCCGCCGCUGCGCGACCACUUCAAGCAGGACGCCAUCCCCGCGUUCUCGCCGCGCCCGCCGCGCGAGCUGCUGCCCUCCAUCCUUGCCCACUCGCCGCCCGGCCGCUCGUCCACGCUGCCGCCCAUCCAGCGCCGCGACAAGCUUGCCCGCCCGCGCAAGGGCUCGCUCUCCGCCGCCCGCCGCGGCAAGCACGAGCGCACCCGCUCCAAGGAGCUCGCCCGCCGCAACAGCCUGUCCGACCGCAAGGCCCUCUCCGCCGAGCCGCAGACCGCCGCCUGGGUGCAGGGCAAGCGCUGGGAGGACCUCAUCGAGGCCGCCACCUCCGCCACCGAGGUCGACGACGACCGCGACCACACCCCGGCCCCCCAUUCGCCGUCCUUCCGCUCGCUCGCCAGCGUCACCUCCGCCCCCUCCACGCAGAAACACCGCUCCUCCCUCCCGCCCGCCUACCAGUCCACCCCCGGCCUGCCCUCCGCCCAGUCGUCGUACCGCCAGUUCGGCCCCCUAUCAUAUACAGCGUCGCCACUGCAGAAAGCGCUCACGCCGCCGCCCUACGAGCACGGCGGCCCGCCCGACACCGAUCUCGAGCCGUUCCCGUCCGUGGAGUCGUCGCUGGACUCCAAUUCCUCCAUUUCCGGCAAGAACUUCCACUUCUCGGCCGCCGGGCUGCCACCGCUCGCCGACUCUAGCCCCGUGCAACCCCCGCGGCCGGGCACCAGCGCGUACCCGCCGUCGUCGCACCCGCACCAGCUGCAGCCGCACAUCCGCAACCGCAUCCACCACCGGCUGUCGAACCCCACGCCGCUGAGCAGCCACAGCGGCAAGGACGUCCACGUCUACUGCGCCGGCUGCGCGCGGCCGUGGCCGCUGCGCGACUGCCUGGCCUGCACCGAGUGCAUCUGCGCCGCGUGCCGCGAGUGUGUCAGCCUGCUGCCGGGCGCGACGGGCGCCAGCCCGCCGUCGAUUCUCAACCCGACCAGCAAUCCAGGCAACAACGGGCUCAGUGGCCACAAUGGCAUCACGGGCACGCGAUUGCAUCUGCCCGCGCGGCGGGGCUGUCCCAGCUGCGGCGUGAUCGGCCGCAAGUGGAAACACUUUCAGCUGGAUUUCCGGUGA